AUGGAGGAUCUCAAGGCGGCUGGCCAUGUUGAGCAUAACCUCGCCGUGCCCUCUCAGUCCCUUGGGGAGAAUACUAUCGGAAUCGAAGAUGAAGUUCUUUUGCAAAUGGCCGAGCAGGUUCCGGACUUUGCCAAUCUGGUAGAAAAGGCCCGUCGAGCGUCUGCAUUUGAACACAAUUUGACCAACUGGGAUGCAUUCAAGUUAUUCCCGAAGGCAGUUGUAUUCUCUUUUAUUUUGUCUCUUGCUAUCAUCAUGGAGGGAUACGAUACUUCUCUCCUCGGCUCUUUCUAUGCCUACCCGACAUUCCAGAAGCGAUUUGGUGUUCCCUCCAAGGAAGGUGGUUAUCAAGUCACAUCAAAUUGGCAAACUGGCCUGCAGAACGCGACCAAUGUGGGGCAAAUACUGGGCCUUCUUAUUGCUGGUCUCAUUGCAGAUCGAUGGGGCUAUAAAAGGACGAUGAUCGGCGCCUUGGUAUCGCUCAUCGGGUUUAUUUUCAUCAUGUUCUUCGCCAACAGCAUCGGAAUGCUCCUCGCCGGUGAGGUUCUCUGUGGAAUCCCUUGGGGUGCGUUCCAGACCUUAACAACCACCUAUGCUGCCGAUGUCAGCCCUAUUAUCCUCCGUCCGUAUCUGACCACUUAUGUCAAUCUGUGUUGGGUCACCGGCCAGUUUAUCUCGACUGGAAUCCUGCGAGGUCUUUUGGGCCGGACGGAUGAAUGGGGUUGGCGAAUUCCUUAUGCUAUUCAAUGGGUCUGGCCUGUUCCGAUCAUCCUUGGUGUUCUUUUUGCUCCCGAGUCUCCUUGGUGGUUGGUCCGUCACGGCAAGAUUGACGAAGCAAAGCGAUCGCUUACCAAAUUGGCCAGUCCUGGUGACUCUGAAUAUGAUACCGAUGAUGCCGUGGCACUAAUGAUCAUCACGAACACCCACGAGAAGCUAAUCCGAGACGGUGUGAGCUACUGGGAUUGUCUUAAGGGGGUUGACCGGCGUCGUACCGAAAUUGUUUGCUGCGUCUGGAUGUGCCAAGUUUUCUGCGGUAUAUGGUACGGAGGCAAUAUUGUUUAUUUCCUGCAGCAAAUCGACUUCAGCAGCGACCAAUCAUUCGACUUUGGUCUUGGUGUCAAUGCUAUCGGCUGGUGCGGUACAGUCUGCUCAUGGUUUGUGAUGCAGCGGGUUGGUCGGCGAAAGCUCUUUGUCACCGGACUUGGAAUUAUGUUCACCGUGUUGAUGUUAGUCGGUUUUCUGGGUAUCCCAAGCCAUACCACUCCCGGUCUAAGCUACUCGUCAGCUGCCCUCCUACUGGUAUUUGUUUUCACCUACGAUCUCACGGUCGGCCCUGUCACCUACUGUCUCAUCUCUGAGAUUCCUUCCACUCGCCUGAGAAUCAAGAGCGCAGUUCUUGCUCGCAACUGUUACAACAUCGCAAGUAUUAUAGCCAACUUCCUCAAUCCCCCCAUUCUCAACCCCACUGCCUGGAACUUGAAGGGCAAAGGAGGUUUCAUCUGGGCACCGUUCUGCAUGAUUUGUUUGGUCUGGUCAUUCUUCCGCCUACCGGAGCCCAAGGGACGCACUGCGUCUGAGCUUGACAUUUUGUUUGAGAAGAAGAUCUCAGCUAGAAAGUUUUCGAAGUUUGAGGUCACUCCAUUCCGCUCUAACAACUUUGAAGUCAUCUCUGAUCGCGCUGUUCUUGCCGAGAAAGACUCACUUCCAGCCAAUAAGAGUUGA